GCGCGCCGCGCCGCGCCGCGCCGCGCCGCGCCGAGCUGCGCGUUCUCCCGGCUCCCUCUCUGUCCGGGGCCGGUACUUUCCUCCCAAGUUACAGCGCAAGUUUGCCAGUGGCCGGCGGCGGCGGGGCGCCGGGAGCCUCCCUCGCCCUCGGCCGGCCGGGGCUCCCCCGAGUGCAUGGGCGCAGGUCGGGCGGCCCUGGGGGCCUGAGCGGCCGGGCCGCCUCCGAGCCCCGCGCCAUGGAGGGCGCAGAGCCCCGUGUGCGGCCAGAGCGCCUGGCAGAGGCCGAGGCGCGGGCGGCCGAUGGCGGGCGCCUGGUGGAGGUGCAGCUGAGCGGCGGCGCCCCUUGGGGCUUCACCCUGAAGGGCGGCCGCGAGCACGGCGAGCCGCUGGUUAUCACGAAGAUCGAAGAAGGAAGCAAAGCUGCGGCAGUGGACAAGUUGUUGGCUGGAGAUGAGAUCGUUGGCAUCAACGACAUCAGUCUGUCGGGGUUUAGACAGGAAGCGAUUUGCCUGGUGAAGGGGUCGCAUAAGACCCUGAAGCUGGUGGUGAAAAGGAGGAAUGAGCUGAGCUGGAGGCCGCACUCCUGGCACGUCACCAAGUUCUCCGACAGCCACCCCGAGACAUCGGCAUCUCCGUUCCCCUCUACCAGCUCCUGCCCCUUGUGGCCAGGCCAGCACCACGCCAGCUCUUCGUCGCAGGACCUGUCGAGCGGGCUGUGGGAGCAGACGCAUCUGCUGCGCGCCUCUGACCGCUUCAGCUCCCUGGGCAGCGUGGACAGCCUGGACCAGCCUGCCCAGCCCUACCCGUCCGGGCGCCUCUCGGCUGCCAAGUCCAACAGCAGCAUCGACCACCUGGGCGGCCCGAGCAAGCGGGACUCCGCUUACGGCUCCUUUUCCACCAGCUCCAGCACGCCUGACCACACCCUGCCCAAGGCGGAUGCCUCCUCUGCUGAGAACAUCCUCUACAAAGUGGGCCUUUGGGAGGCCUCCGCCGGAGGCAGCGACCGGCAGGGCCUGGUUGCCGGCGACCCUCAGUGUGUGGACGAGAGGCUCGGGUGCUUCCCCCCCAGGGUCCCCUGUGACAGCAGCAGGAGCCCCAGGCCCGAGGACAGCCCUGAGCCCAAGCUAGCUGCUUCCGGGAGGUCCAGUUUUGGGCCAGUCUGGUAUGUUCCCGAUAAGAAGAAGGCCUCUUCGUCCCCUCCUCCGCCCCCUCCCCCUCUCCGCAGUGACAGCUUUGCGGCCACUAAGAGCCACGAGAAGACCCAGGGCCCUCCAUUCUCAGAGGCGGCCACCACGCAGCACCCUCCGGGCGUGACCCGCGCUCAGUCCCCCAGCGACUGGCGACCGGAAGCGGCCGAUCAGCCGCAGAGACCAGCGCGCCUGGGCGACGGGAGGAGAGCCGGAAGCUCGGGCUGUGCGCCGGGUGUCCCCCUGGACUGCGGGUGGCCGCCGUGCGACAGCGGGGCCAGGGCCCUCCCGGGGGCCCCCAGCCGGCUCCAGGCCUCCCUGUCCAGCACGGACGUGCGCUGCCCGCCGCCUUCGCCCGCGUGCCAGCACCCGCGCCACUCCAGCGACGAGAGCCCCUUCUUUCACGAGGGGCCCGGUGCCGCCACGUGGCUCAGGGAGCAGCCGCCUGCCGAGCGCUUCCCGGAUGACAGCGCCGCUCCGGUGGGGCGGCCCAGCGCUGGCGACCAGAAGGGGGACUGUGGCGCGCAGAGCCGCUACUACUGCGUGACCUCCAGACGCGGCCCGCAGGGCGGCGCCCCGGCCGCGCAGCCCCGCUGCUACCCGCCCCGGCUCGAGGGGCCCCCGGGCGCCCGGCAAAGGGGGAGGGUGGCGCCGGCGGACAGGGAGGCCGGGGGCCACUGCGAGGGAGCCGAGGAACCGCCCGCGGCCGGCCUCGUGGAAACGGCGAGUGUGAAGAGGGUCGCAGGCGGCUUCGCGUGGGGCCACGCGGGCGGCGAGAUCUGCCCCCUGCAGACGCCCAUGCUGCACUCGCUGACCCAGGAAGGGGCGCGCCGGCCCGAGGCCGGCCACGAGGGCGCCCCGGAGAGGCCCCCGCCCGAGGCCCUGGCGGGCAAACCCAUGCGGAGGAGCGACCGUUUCGCCACCACCCUGAGGAACGAGAUCCAGCUGCGGCGAGCCAGGCUGCAGAAGAGCCGGAGCACGGCAACCCUGGCCGGCGCCGCGGAGGGGGACGAGACCACCGCCGAGGCAGAGGCGCGCGGCUGGGGGGUGCAGCCGGCAGGGGGCGCCCCGGAAGCCGCCUUCUCCAGCACUUAUAAGGACCACCUGAAGGAGGCGCAGGCCCGUGUCCUGAGGGCCACGUCGUUUAGGCGCCGUGACCUUGAGCCCAGCCCGUCGGACCCCGACACCCUCCCUCGCGUCUGGGAGGCGGCCCCGGCCAGGCUGCCCUCGAGCGCCGGCGGCGCACUGCACGCCCCGCGCAUCGCAGGCCGGAGGCGCUUCACGGCCGAGCAGAAACUGAAGUCCUACUCCGAGCCCGAGAAGAUGAACGAGGUGGGGCUCGCGGGGGAUGAGCGCCCGCGCCAGCGACCCGCGCCUCCCGACGAGACCGUGCGCACCUUUGCCGACAGGUGGAAGUUUUUUGAGGAAACCAGCAAGCCCGUAGGCCAGCGGUCGGGGCUGAGGCCGGCACCCUGUGGGUUCCCCAAGGAGAAGCCAGAGAGGCCUUGGACAGCGGGCCCCGGAAAGGAGGGAAAGGUGGGGAGAUCAGACCCGCCUCAGAGGCUGGGAACCUUUGCAGAGUAUCAAGCCUCGUGGAGGGAACAGAGGAAAGCCCCGGAAGCCAGGAGUUCUGGGAGGUACCACUCGGCAGACAACAUCCUGGACGUGGGUCUGGACCAACACGAGAGGCCACAGUACAUCCACGGAAGGUCCCGGUCGUCGCCCUCGACCGACCUCUACAAGCAGGAAGCUUCUGUGGAAGUGCGACGGCAAACGGAGGACCCCGGUGCGCGCAGAGAGCUUUCUUCCUCAGUCCAGGCCGAGGAGGGACGCCCCACCCCAAGACAAGCAGAUGCCCCGUGUGCAGAAGACAGUCCAGGAGCGCAGCGGGACCCCCAGCAGCCAUCCCAGGUCUCUGAACCAGCUGGCUCCCGGGAAGCUCCCGAGGUGCCCCCGGAGGGCCGUGGCCGGGCGGGGACCCUUCCUUGCGAUUACAGAUACCCGGAGGAACGCGCGCCCGCGCACCGGCCUGCCGCCCCGCACGCCCGGGGGCAGGACCCCCGGCCCCUGAGCGCCGCCCCGCUCUCCCGGAGGCCCGCCCCACAGAGGCCGCCGCCGCCCAGGCGUGAGCCCAGGCCCUUGGCGGGCGCACCUGCGGCUGCUCACCUGGGCGCGCCCGGCAGGCCCCGCCCCCUGGCCCCGGAGGUGUGCUCGUGCUCGGACCGCCCGGCCCUCGCCCGCUGCAGCCCCGGCGCCUCGGCGGAGAAGCUGAGCGCCGCCCGGCCCGCGGCAGAUGGCCCGCGGGCUGCGGGGGAGCCGGCCGGGCAGCAUGUAGACGAGCGCGCAGGCUGGCCCCGGCGGGAGGCGCCGCUCCUUUCCAAGUUCCGGCCCUUGCAGACCUCCGCCAUGGAGACCUCGCGCUCCCCGUCGCCUCAGUUCGCGCCCCAGAAGCUGACGGACAAACCCCCGCUGCUCGUCCAGGAUGAUAAUUCCACCAGAAUCGAGCGGGUGAUGGACAACAACACCACAGUGAAGAUGGUGCCCAUCAAGAUCGUGCACUCGGAAAGCCAGCCCGAGAAGGAGAGCCGCCAGGGCCUGGCCCGCGUCCCGGAGCCACCCGUGCUGCUCAGCGGGCUCGAGCGGGACCACAUCAAGACGCUUAGCACGUCCGAGCAGUCCUACUCCCGCUUCUGCCUGUACAGCCGCCAGGGCGCCGAGCCCCAGCCCCCUGGCACCCCGGUGCCCACGGCCAAGGACAGCCGGGCCUCCACGCCCACGCUCAGCUACGUGAAGGCCAAAGAGAGGACUGCCGAAGACCUCAAGUCGGAGGAGCUGGCCCGCGAGAUCGCGGGCAAGGAUAAGUCCCUGGCGGAUAUCCUGGACCCCAGCGUGAAGAUCAAAACCACCAUGGACCUUAUGGAGGGCAUCUUCCCCAAAGACGAGCACCUCUUGGAAGAAGCUCAGCAGCGGAGGAAGCUGCUCCCCAAAAUCCCCUCUCCCAGAACCACGGAGGAGAAGAAGGAGGAGCUGAGUGUGCCGGCGGCCGUGUCCCUGGCCACCACCUCCACCUACUACAGCACCUCGGCCCCCAAGGCGGAGCUCCUGAUCAAGAUGAAAGACCUGCAGGACCAGCAAGAAGCCGAAGAGGAUUCAGGGAGUGACGCCGACCACGACCUGUCGGUGAAGAAGCAGGAGCUCAUCGAGAGCAUCGGUCGCAAGCUGCAGGUGCUGCGGCAGGCGCGGCAGAGCCUGCGGGAGGACAUGCAGGCCAACAGCGCGCUGGGCGACGAGGUGGAGGCCCUGGCCAAGGCCGUCUGCAAGCCCAACGAGUUCGACAAGUUCCGCAUGUUCAUCGGGGACCUGGACAAGGUAGUGAACCUCCUGCUGUCGCUGUCCGGCCGCCUGGCCCGCGUGGAAAACGCCCUCAACAAUCUGGACGAAGGCACUGCUCCUGGCGAUCGGCAAUCCCUGCUCGAGAAGCAGCGGGUCCUGAUCCAGCAGCACGAGGACGCCAAGGAGUUGAAGGAGAACCUGGACCGCCGGGAGGGCAUCGUGUCGGACAUCCUGGCCAGCUACCUCAGCCAGGACAGCCUGGCCGACUACGCGCACUUCGUGAGGAUGAAGUCGGCCCUCCUCAUCGAGCAGCGCGAGCUGGAGGACAAAAUCCACCUGGGCGAAGAGCAGCUCAAGUGCCUGCUGGACAGCCUUCCGCCCGACACCUCCCCGGCGGGGCACGCAAGAGGAGGCAGAUGAAAACCGCAGCCUAGACUUAGGUCCUGGAGAGAGAAUCCCUCCCAGAACCAAAUGGCCGUUAGAAAAGCAAUAAUUUCCGUGCGUUUGGGAUGAUUGAUUGAAUGUCUUAGUUCCCCUCUUGAAUGCUGAGCAGAGUGGCUCCCCAUCACCCUUGGCCUGGAAGCAACCCCACGUGGCGCCCGGUGAACGGUGAGUUCCCGAGUACGGACUGGGCUCUGGUCCCGAGGUGCACGCACGUGGUCCUUGCCAGCUCGGGUCUGCCCUUCCGUCUUCCCAUGCUGCACCCCUUCCUCCUCUCAGGAGGCAAUGAGCGCGUGCCGGGCAAAGCCCGGCGCACGACCUCUCCGGUGGGUCACGGGAGGUGGCAGCUGCCGGCUUCUCCUGUUGGCCCAGAAGUGUUGAGCGUUCGUUGUGUCUGUCAUAUAAGGAUGAUCUGCGACCCAGCAAAAAUCAUGAUGAUACUUUAGUAACACUCUACAAAGGUGAAUUUUCCAUGUGGUUAAAAUUGCCACUUAAAUAGCGUUCGCGCUUUAAAACACACGCAAAGCAGACACACGGUUUUAGGACUUCUCGGCCGACGUCACGGUUCAAAUGGUAUUUUCCUGCAAAGAGAAGUUGGCUAAAAGCGUGUCCGGUAGUAAUGUGCUUGCUAGGUGUUUUUAUUUUUUAACUUACUCUUUCCCCAGAACAUUUAUUUUGCGUGUGUAUGAUCCUUAAUUACAAUUGGCAAUUUCUCUCUCUUUUUGCCUCUAUUUGUUACCAUGCCGUAAGGGCCACACACGGUUUAAGAACCGUUGCUCUGGUUUCUCAGAGGUCCCGGUGGAGCACAGAACUCCUAGACCCAAUUUCUGCCACACAGUGUACAGCUCCUGUACCCUUUUCUAGAGCCUAUUUACUAAAGAAAACUGUCAAGCUGUCAUUUUCCACUGGACAGAUCACAGGCUAGGGGAAAAUAACUUGCAAAUCAUGUAUGUGACAAACCGUUUGUAUCCAGAAUGUAUAAAAACGCUCAAACUUAACAGUAAGAAAACAAACAGCCCGAUUAAAAUGUGGGCAUGGGCAAAAGAAUAGACACUUCACCAAAGAGGAUAUGUGCAUGGCGAGUAAGCACGUGAAUCGAUGUUUUAGCCACCAAUGGCGUGGUUCUCACGUACUUAUUUUUAAUCUGAUCACUGUGGAGCAGUGAGUUUCGUGACAAUGCUCAUCUGUUGAAAUGUGUGGUUAAUGGCGGGAGAAGCCCUAGGAUAACGUCACGUCGAGGUGAUGUGCGGACUUUGGUUUCGUCUGUAAGAUCGUUUUACUCCUAAUUCCUCUUACUCCUAUAAAAAGUUUUCCAGCGGCGGGGGGAGAUGUCCCUCUGUCAGCAGUGGCCGCUGCUUUACCAAACACAGACGCACACAAAUGUCUUAAAGGACACUAGUCCACGCUUCGCCAGCCAGAGGGGAGACUGGACUCCCGGGCUGCCGCAGUGACCUCGGUGCACCCAUAGAGGGGGCCGACCUGGCAGGCGUCAGUGAUGCUGGCAAAAUAAACACUCCUUUGGCAGCCCACCGACGCCAAAGAGAAAUGCCUUUUCAACAGUUUUUACUCUUAUUCAAUUAAGCUAUUCCUGACUUGAAAAAUCCGUCUUCUGCCAACGAAGUGUCCUUGCCACGUGGUGUGGGUCACUUGCUGUGAAAACUGAUCACGUCAGGAAAGGUAAAGCUGGCUGUCCAUGGACACCCCCCCCCCCCCACUGCCCCUGCUUCCUCCUUCGGGGAGACAACCACGGUGAUUUCAGUGUGUUUUUAAUUGUCACAAAGCUUUUACCUGUGAUUCUUUCCCUUCAAAUACAGUAUUGUGAUCAUUUUGAUGAUAUGUCUGUAAAACGUGAAAAUAGAAUUUGUGUCUGUAUCCAGCUUUUUGGUGAGAACUUUCUCUUCUACAUAGCAAUAUAUAGUGCUCUACUGUCCUUUUAACGAAGCACAUAGAAUCACAACAUUCCCGUUUGCCUCUUAAAUGUCUGGUGAGUGGGGACCCACAGAUUGCAGUGAGUCAAUGUACAUAACUUUGUAUAUAGUUAUGUUAUUGCAUAUAAAGACAAUCUGGUGCUAAUGUUUUGCCCUUGGCAUUCUUCGGUGGUGGCCGAUAGCGCACUCUCGGUCAUAGCUCAGCUGUGGAAUGUUCUGUAUAGCGAGAUUCCAGUCAGGGGCGUCGCGCCUUUGGCUUCUCUCCUGCAGUCCACUCUGGAAGAUGCGUACAGAUUUCACGCUCAAUACUUUCACUUACGUCUCAACAGAUCAUUCUGCUUGACGUUCACAAAAUAAAUGGUGUCCUUCAGUGAACGGAGCAUGUCUUUGACUUACAUCUUUUUUUAAGAAUUGCAAUAUCCUUACAUUAGAUUCUUCAACCAUUGAUAAAUGGUGGGAUUAAUUCUAUGUAUGUAUGUAUGUGACUAUUUCUGCCAGUCUAGUAAAGGGCAGUCAAUUUGCAGUCAGGAAAAUGUCACAGACAGAGGUUGUAUAAGUCAGUGCCUGCCACAGCAGUGCUGUAUAACACGCACUAUAAAAUCUCAGCAGGAUCCAGUGAGACCUAUAAAAUCUCAGCAGGGUCCAGUGAGACGUAUUCCAUUAGCUCAUGAAAUUGUAGAUCAGGCUCUGCUCCACGUGCCUGUCAUCUUCCUCCCGGCACCAGGACUUUGGCCUGGUCAGGUCAGUGGCAGAUGCAUAAGAGAACAAGCCCAGUCCCAGCAGUGCUUUUCCUGUCUCUGGUUAGAGUGCACCUGCUAACCUUCCAUUGCCAAAGCAAGUGCCACAGCCAAACCCAAAGUCAGAGGGUGUGGCAUAUGCUCUACCCCUUUAGUGGAAGGAACCAUGAGUCACGUGGCAGAAUGUGGCUACAGGGAGGUGUGAAGAAUUGGGGCCGUUGAUGGACCACACCUCCCACACCAGGGUCCGAUACCAAAGAGCACUAAAUCGUCCAGGACCCGAAGCCAAGUUCCUGGAGCACAGCCAGCUCUGUCACUUCAGGCGUAUGGCUGUGAGCACGUGCCAGCCUCUCCAACCUCAGCUUCCUCCUUUGCAGUUGGAGGAGAGCUGUUGUGAGAGCAAUUAAGCUGAUGUGUUCAUGUGCUCAGGACCCGUGCCUGGAUCAGAGGGGUGCCACUGGGAGCGUCCACACUUCUGCUGCCAUCACUGUAUUCUGGACCUGGAGGAAGUGCCUUGCCUGCAUCCAAACGCAUCUUUCGGAACCACCCAGCACACGACAGUUGCUCCUGGUUGGCGGAUUAGAAACGCUUCUGCUGUGCAGCAGGAUACUCUGCUUGUCUUAUGUAAGUUCUGAAAUGGUCGAGGAAUUCAUCACACAGGGGGCAAUGGAAACGCACCUUAGGCUGCGGCUGGGAUGGUGCUUCUGGGAGCCAGUGACCCUUGUGCUGCACUCCACGACCCACGGAAGGAGAUGCUCAACGUUUUGCUUCUUCAGGGCCAGCUGCACUGCACACGCUGAGCCAGUCUCAGGCACAGGGACGCAGGAGACACUGACUCCAUCGUUAACCUGUCAGCUGUACUGCCCUGCGGCUGUACCCUAAGAGCCCAGGCAUCCUGAGUGUGUGUUUUCUGCAUUUCCCAUUAAAACAAUAGAACCCCGGAGGGGGGGUGUGUGUGUGUGCUGGU